AUGGCUAACAGAGAGCAGCGAGAUGUCAAUCAGGAUGCCUCCAUCAAGCGCAUUGAGACACAGUUGGGCCAAUUGGCUGCUCGGGUCAGAACUAUUGAGACCGAGAUGAACAAGGAAAAGUUGCCUAGUCAGCCCGAACAAGCUAAAGCCAUCACUGUACUCAGAAUCGAGAAGGAAGUGGACAACAAAGUGCAGAUGCCCGAGCCCGAAGAUCAUGAGACUCAUUCAGAAAAGAUCAAGGAAGCAAAGCCAGGGGAGGUGACAGAAGAGCCGGUGCUACAUAAGUCGCCGAAUCCAUAUAAGCUGCGUAUUCCUUUUCUGGACCGACUUAGGAACGAGAAGCAAGAGAAGCAGUUCUGGGAUCUUUUCAGCAUGCUCUCCAAAGUGAAUGUCAACUUGCCACUCCUCGAUGUGGUUAAGAAUAUGCCAUCAUAUGGUAAGUUCUUCAAGGACUUGGUGACCAAGAAGAGGAAGUUUGAGGAUGGAGAGAAGGUGGUGAUGUACGAGGCGGCAAGUGUCAUGCAGCACGACUUGCCCAAGAAUGAACGUGACCCCGGUGGUUUUAUUAUCAAGAUAGCCUUGGGAAACGGGAAGGUAGCUUUGAGGAUGCUUGACCUUGGACCUGGAAUAAAUCUCAUGCCCUUCUCGAUUUUUCAGAGGCUCGGCCUUUGGGAUUUGAGGCCGACUCGUAUGUGCCUCCAAUUGGCAAAUCGUUCCAUCAGGUACCCGAAGGGAAUAGUCGAGGAUGUGCUCGUGAAGGUGGGGAAGCUUAUCAUUCCAGUGGAUUUCGUUGUUCUAGACGUUGGGGAUGUGCACGAGAAUGGGAAGGAUCACACAAUCCUUCUAGGGAGACCUUUCAUGACGACGACUAACACGCUCAUCGAUGUGAAGAACGGGACUCUGAAUAUGACAGUUUUGGGGGAGACGGUGUCUAUUUCUAUCCGAGAGGCGAUGUCCUCAUCCUCAGUCAAUUUUGUAGAGGAACGUGCUUUCGUUGAUCUUGCUGACCCUUUUAUUGAUGAGAUGGUAUGUCAGGAGUUCGAGGAAGUACCGUUGCCGGCUUUCGAGGAAGAGGAAGAGCCUACAGUGGAGCUUUUUGAAGUAGGAGAAGGUCAUUCCUGGACUGAGGCCAUACUUGAGCUUAAGGAGCUGCCGAAGCACCUUAAGUAUGUCUUCUCAUAUGAUGCCCAACAGAAACCGGUGAUAAUCUUUGCUGAGCACGACAGUGAAGAAGAAGAAGAAGAGCUGAUAGCCAUGCUCCGAAAGAAUCAGAAAGCAAUCGGGUGGAGCCUGGGAGACAUCAAAGGGAUCAGUCCAUCUACAUGCAUGCACCGGAUUAUCUUGGAGGAGGGAGCCAAGCCAUUUCGGGAUAGCCAGCGACGGCUAAACUCGAAUAUGAUGGAGGUAGUGAAGAAGGAGGUGCUGAAACUUUUCUCUGAGGGAUUGAUCUAUCCAGUGGCGAGUAGUGAGUGGGUUAGCCCUAUUCAUGUGGUGCCAAAGAAGGGAGGCAUAACCGUAAUUUGUAAGAGUAUCAUAUAG